GCCCCGCCCGAGGUGCCUCGCCGCCCGGCCCCCCGGAAACACCGCCCGCGACCCGUCGGUGCCGGCAUGGCGGCUGCGGAGGACGAGGCGGUGAUUUUGGCCUGGAUGGACCAGGCCCUCGAUGUGGCUAAAGAGGCGCUGGAGAAGGGGGAGGUUCCCGUCGGGUGCCUCGUGGUGCACCACGGCGAGGUCGUGGGGAGGGGCAGGAACGAGGUCAACGAGACCAAGAACGCUACUCGACAUGCCGAAUUGGUGGCAAUUGAUCAGGUCCUGGACUGGUGCAAGCAACAAAACAGAGAUUAUACAGAAGUGUUUGCCAACUCGGUAAUGUACGUAACAGUAGAGCCUUGUAUCAUGUGUGCAGCUGCCCUGCGCUUGAUGAAAAUUCCACGGGUCAUAUAUGGCUGUCGAAAUGAGCGAUUUGGAGGCUGUGGCUCAGUUUUGAGCAUCUCGUCUGAUGAUAUGGUGGACUCAGGAGAACCAUUUGAAUGCAUUUCUGGCUAUCGUGCCAAAGAAGCAGUGGAAUUGUUAAAAGCUUUCUACAGGCAAGAAAAUCCCAAUGCACCAAAAUCCAAAGUACGGAAGAAGAACAAUCGUAAUUAGCCCUACACUGAUGGGAGACAGAAACUUACCAAAAAAUUAUAUGUGAAGGUUUCUUCAGUGUCCUUCUCUUUUAAAAUGUCCAAUUAUAUUAUGUAUAAUGUUCUGUA